AUGGACAUGCGUCGCCGACUAACCUGGUCCGGGAAGACAAUGCGCGCUCAAAUCGCUCAACGCGCGGGCCGCCUCCGCAGCACCUCCCUCAGCGCCGUCCCUCCGCCCCGCACCUCCGCCGACUACGACCACGAUCUGGCAAGAGUCGCCGCCAGCAUCCUCUACCGCACCCCCGUCCCCUCCGACUCCGGCCUCCCCAUCUACAUCCUCAACGCCGCCGCACUGCCCGAUGUUGACGAUCACGACUUCGACAGCCUGCUCCCCUACGUGCUGGCCCGUCUGCCCGGCGAGGAGGAGCUGCUCAGUGGCACCGAAUACGAGGUCAUCUUCUUCGCAGGCGGCGAUGCUGAGCGUGCGGCUGGAGCCCGGAAGAACCGCCCUGGCUGGGGCUGGUUCAUCCAGGCAUACCACGUCCUGAGCCGCGCCAUGCGCAAGCGCCUGCAGAAGCUGUACAUUGUACACGAGAGAAGCUGGGUCAGGAUCUUGGUGGAAAUGUUUUCGACCAUCGUCAGUCCCAAGUUCAGGAGGAAGAUCGUACAUGUUUCCACCCUGACCCAGCUCGCACUAGAGCUCCCGCUUGAGACAUUGUUGAUACCGCCGUCUGCAUACCUUCACGACCGUCGGCUGGCGCAGGACAUCCACGCACCUUUUGCUAGCGGUCGCCGGGCUUUCUCGGUCCGGAAUCCUUUGCCUCAGAAUGCCGGCGGCGGCACAAGACUACCGCGCAUCUUGCGAGAGACCAGCACAUUCCUGCUGAUGGAGCCUAACAUUGAGACCGAAGGCAUUUUCAGAAUUCCGCCUCAUUCUCGGCUCAAGGAGAUCCUGAAGGAAGCAUACGAUCGGGGCCAGAAGUACAUCUUGUGGAAAGAGAAUGGUGUCAUGCUGCCUCUUCCACCUUUCGACGACUCAAAUGUCACAAAGGCCAUUGUCGAGGAGGUUGAUGCCAGAGAUUGCUACGGAGUAUUUCUCGCGGCUGGGCUGACCAAGACCUGGUACGCCGAACUACGUCAACCCAUCUUCCCCCAGUCCGCAUACAGGGAGCUGCGGAGCCUCUUCGGAGAUCCGGACGAGUCGCCAUCGCGUAAAGCUUUAGUCGAGCUGAUCUCGCCGAAGUCGGAAUGGUCGGCGAUCCCAGCCAUCUCGCGCGAGAUCUUGGUCCGGCAUCUGCUUCCCCUUCUGAGCAUCGUGGCGGCACAUCAGGACGCCAACAAGAUGUCGGCCGAGAAUCUGGCGGUCUGCUUUGCACCGACGCUUGUAUGUGGGCCCGACCAGAUCGAAGACGCCAAAAUGUCGAGCGUGGUUCGCCGUAUCAUGACCGAGGCCAUUGAUACAUGGGACGAGGGCCUUCGGGAGGACUGCGGCGUUGACAGCGCUACUUUCGAGCGUGAUCUCCAACCGCCGCAGGACCCGAAGGAGUAUGACGAUCCCCUCGAGUCGGCUCGCAGGCCUCGCCCAAGAUCCGAAGACUUUGGUAUUGAAUCGCCGUCCGAAGAAGAUGCUGGGUUCGCCGAUUCCGAGAAGCAGUUCUCGGGUAUUGUCCUGCAGGACAACACAGAAGAUGUUGCGGCCCCAAGAUUGCCACCGCGCCCGUCGGUAUCAAGUUCCAGAGACACACCUUUGAGCCCCACUGGUAGUGACGAUUCACCUGUAAGACGCAAACCAGCACCAUCUGUUCAGGUGCCCCCGCGGUAUUCCACCAUUCUUGCUGAUGAAAUGGGGGGAAGAUCGGGCAACAACCAGUCGCCACUGACGUACGCCGCAACGACGGAUGGUUUUGGCCCUUCUCGCAGUUCGGGGCGUAGCGUGGACGAGAAGAAAGAGGAUAAGUCUAGUAGGCGACUUCCUGGUCCUAGCGUUCCUCACAUCGUAGCUCCAAAGCGUAAAACCCUGACUGCCGAGCAGAUUGCUAGCGCAGAGAGUGCUGUCUCUUCUCCAGAGCGUACCGUUUCUGCCACCCAAUUCCCACAACAACCCCACAAUCCCCAGCCUUCAUCAAAGCAAAGUCGCGCACCCCCCGGUCUGGCCGAGAUGAUAGGUGCGGCCGCGGCGGCCGGUACCGUCCAUCGCAAGCCUAUCAACUCCAGGCCGGGGUCGAGCGGUUCAAGCAACUUUUCCGCUAUUCAAUCGCCCAACCUCGCAAGCCCUCCAGCUCACGGCACUUACGGUCGCCGACCAUCCCUUUCUCCCCAAGACGCCGAGUUCCGCAGAGCUGAACUUUCUCCUCCCUUCUCUCCCAACAACGACCUGUCCCGUCGGCUGUCUUCCUCCUCGCUCUCCACCGAAAACGUCGGCUCCGAAUACGACGCCAACAACGGGCAGCGUUCCCGCUCGCGGGGCCCGACCAUCAACACUCUCGCCCGUCCGAUGUUCCCGGCCGCAGCGGCGCAGCCCCCGCCCGGCAACAGCCACCUGCAGCGCGCGGCGACGAUGGCGAUGGAGCCGCCGAAGAAGCCGCGGGCCUUGUCGUCCGGCCUGCUCAAGCGCAUGCCGAGCCUCGAGCCGCCGCCGAUCCCGCGUGACAAUCCGCGGAAGCUAGAUCUCAAGAAGAAGAGCGUGGAGGAUUUGAGGCGGAUUUUUGAGAAUAAGGCGGGUGCGGCGGAGAAGCUGGUGAAGGUUGGGAAUGAGAAGGAGGGGAGGCUGAGUAGGGGUGGUUGA